AUGGAAAUGAGUACAAUAUUACUACCGGCAAUGUUAAUUAAUUCUUCAACUUCUCAAUCAACUACCGAAUCUUCAGCAACGACUGUCGUUUAUAAUAAUCAUUUAUUUUUACAUACAACUGCUUGUCAAACUAUUGCUGGAGCAUUUACUUGGGCAGCUAUUUUUAUAACUGGUUAUCAUAUUUAUCUUCAUUUACGUCAUUAUACUAUACCAUCGGAACAAAAAUGGAUCAUUCGUCUAUUAUUCAUCGUACCGAUUUAUUCAUUUGUUUCAUGGCUUAGUUUAAUUAUGUUUAGAAAUAAUUCUUAUUAUGUUUAUUUUCAUGCGAUUCGAGAUUGUUAUGAAGCUUUUGUCAUCUACAGCUUUCUUUCGCUUUGCUAUGAAUAUUUGGGCGGUGAAGGGGCAAUUAUGGCAGAAAUUCGUGGAAAACAUAUAGAACGAAGCUGGUGGACAUGUACAUGUUGUAUUUCAAAUCAAGAAUAUACAAUUGGAUUUUUAAGGUUUUGUAAACAAGCAACACUUCAAUUUUGUUUAGUAAAACCUUUAAUGUCUCUUGUAACACUUGUUUUACAAGCAUUUGAUAAAUAUAAAGAUGGAGAUUUUUCGCCUAGUGGUGGUUAUCUUUAUAUAACAUUAAUUUAUAAUGUAUCUGUAUCGGUUGCACUUUAUGGUUUAUUUCUAUUUUAUGAAGCAACAAAACAUAUUUUGGCUAAAUAUGAUCCUGUAUUGAAAUUUCUUACUAUUAAAUCAGUGAUUUUUUUGACAUUUUGGCAAGGUGUUCUUUUGGCUCUUUUUGAACAACUUGGUAUUAUUCAAGCAUUUCAAGGAAAAACAAAUUUAAGUGUUGGUACUGUUGCUGCUGGUUGGCAAAACUUUUUUAUUUGUAUUGAAAUGUGUUUGGCUGCUGUGGCACUUCGUUUUGCUUUUCCACAUCAACCUUAUAUAGCACAUGAUAAUUAUUUUUCAACAUCAUCAUCAUCAUCAAAUUCUGGACCAGGAACAUCAAAUAUUGGUGGACGAAUAGCAACUAUGCAAAGUAUUUCAACUAAUCUUAAAGAAACAAUGAAUCCAAGAGAUAUAAUGCAUGAUGCAAUUCAUAAUUUUCAUCCACAAUAUCGAGAUUAUACACAAUAUAGUGCACAAACAAAUGAUGAUCGAGCACCAACAUCAACAUAUGGUCUAAAUCAACGUUCAAUCAAUACAUUAUCACCAUCAAAUACGUCAGCACCUGUUGAUACAUCUUAUCAUGAAGGUGGAACUUCAACAGCAUUGUCUGUUCAAUCUCCAUCAUUAUCAAAUACUCAAGGUCAAAAUAAUAUUAUUAAUAAUUUACAAAAUAAAUUAAUACCAAAAUCUUUAAUAAAAAAAGAUAUUGAAAAAGAUAUGUUAUUAAUUAAUGAUGACAUCUAA